AUAAAAAAAAAAUCGAGAAUCCUUUAUACAGAAGCAUUGAAAUUCCCACCAUUUUCUUAUAUCCUUUUUAUCCGAAAAAAGAGUUUAUCGAAUUUAGAAUUGGAAGAGUUAGUUACGCAACAAUUGAAAUCCUUUACCAAAGAAAGGUUCCGUUGACACACAACACAAAUACAGUUUCUUUUCUACUCUUUCUUUUGUAAGAAAAUCAGUUUGAUUAGAAAAUGGCUUCUUGGAAUUCAGUUUCAUUAGAAGUAACUUACGAAAUUCUUGGUUGGUUCGCUUUUAUUGCUUGGUCCAUCAGUUUCUACCCACAAGUCAUCUUGAAUUUUCGCAGGAAAAGUGUGGUUGGACUCAACUUUGAUUUUGUCAUGUUAAAUUUAACAAAGCAUAGUUCAUAUCUUAUAUACAAUGCUUCUCUCUACUUUAGCUCUGCUAUUCAGAAACAAUAUUUCCAGAAAUACGGUUUUGACCAGAUGAUACCUGUGGCAGCAAAUGAUGUUGCUUUCUCAAUCCACGCCGUUCUGCUGACAGCCAUUACAUUGUUCCAGAUUGCAAUUUAUGAACGUGGAAGUCAGAAACUGUCCAAAACUUGUAUUGGAAUUGUCUCCAUUGUUUGGUUGACUGCCGCAGUUUGUUUCUUUGUUGCUUUGUCUAAUCAUUCAUGGCUUUGGCUUCUCAGCAUCUUCAACUCAAUUCAAGUUAUUAUGACUACUAUAAAGUACAUUCCCCAGGUAAGCAUGAACUUCCUAAGGAAAAGUACCGAUGGAUGGAGCAUUGGGAACAUUCUACUUGACUUUUCUGGAGGAAUAGCAAACUAUGGACAGAUGGUUGUGCAAUCAGUAGAUCAAGAUUCAUGGGUCAACUUCUAUGGGAAUAUAGGAAAAGUGUUGCUCUCUCUGGUAUCUGUAUUCUUUGACAUUAUUUUCAUUAUUCAACAUUAUCUUCUUUAUCCUGCUAAAAAGUCCACCAAAUUGGUGACCACCGUCGGCGAGGAUGAGGAUCAAAUUAGAGAGCACCUUGUUAGGCCUUCUGACGAGUCUCCACCAGAGAAUGUGUGAGACAUGAUUUGUUUCAUAAUGUCGAUAUUCAAUCGAUCCUGAAGAUCAAAUCAAAGUGCACCUUGCCAGGCCUUCUAAUCAAUCAUCACCGGCAACGUAGAAUGAGUAAGAUAUGAUUUGAAUUUGUUAUGUAUUUCAAACUUCUCAUUGGAAGCUUCACCAAACUUUGUUGUAUAAUAAGUUAUAGAAUUAUAGUCUUGACGAUGAAAAUCGAAAUGUAAAUUACGAGGGUGAAUUACCACAUUCAUUUUAAUAAAUUGCAUUAAAACUAAGAACUCGAAAUGUUAA